ACAGAGAAGCCUGGCAGGCUACAAUCCAUAGGGUCGCAGAAGAGUCGGACAUGACUUAGCGGCUAAACAGCAACAAAAAUUGAGUACUUGUUGUGGGCCAGACACUGUAUUAGGUACUGAGGAAACAAGUUCACAGACUGGGAGCAGGAGCAGAUGUGUAAGUUACAUUAGACCAGCAGACCUACAUACAGACCAGCAGACCUACAUACAAGGUACAUAGAGCUUGUAGAGCGAGUCAGUCCCUAUAAAGGGGGUGCUGCUUCCUGAGUCUUAAAUAACAGUUUUGAGAUUACUCGGUAGUCAACAAGGGGGCAAAUCUCAGGCAGAGGAAACAGCAUAUGCAAAGUCAGAGGUGUUGUUGGACCAGCUCAUGGUAGGCCGGAGAACUGUGUGUAAUCGUUUCGAGAUCACAUGGAGUGCAAGAGGUGGUGGAUGAAACUAGAUAGGUAGGCAGAAACCAGGUCAUGAAGGACCAAGAGGAUAAGUCAAAGAAUUUUAAUUCUAGGAAGUAGAAGCUGUUGACAAUUGAGGGUAAUCAAGUAAACAAAUUAGUUUUGCAUUUUGGAAAGGUCACUCUGGCAAAGUAUGAAAAAUGGAUUAAAGUCAGAGAGACCUGAGGGAAAAAAACCUCUUCAAAGUUUAGGCUAGUUGUGAUAUCGAAACUAGCAUAGAAAUGGUCUUCCCUGUGUCUCAAUAGUAGAGAAUCUACCUGCCAAUGCAGGAGACACAGGUUCGAUCCCUGGUUCUGGAAGAUCCCACGUGCUGUGGAACAACGAACCCUGUGCACUGCAACAAUCGAGCCUGUGCUCUAGAACCCAGAAGCUACAACUACUGAACCUGUGUGUGGCAAUUACUGAAACCCAAGCAUCCUACAUGCUGUUCUCUGCAAGAAGAGAAGCCACAAUGAGAAACACACGCACCGCAACUAGAGAGUAGCCCCUGCCUGCCACAACUAGAGAAAAGCCAGUGUGCAUCAACAAAGACGCAGCACAGCCAAAAACAAAUAAAUUUAUUUUUUAGAAACUAGCAUAGAAAGGUAGAGCUAAGGAGGCACUUACUAAUGGGAGCGCUAUUCAGGAGGUUUUGAUUAAAUAUAAGUUGUGGAGGAGAGAGGAGACCUGGAUGGACUUGGGUUUUAGGCUGAAAGACACAGAGCUAGAAAGCAGAUUGGAAGAGAAUAUGAGUUUUGCUUUGGAUAUUUUUAAUUUCUAGUGCUAAAGGAAUCAUCCAGAAGGUAUUAACCAUUGUGCUGUUGGGGAUAAAGUGGAACUCCUGGGAAAAGUAAGGAAAAGGCAAGUGGAGGAGGUGGUGAUUCAGGAGUGAUUGUUAUUCCAGAGGCCAUGGGAGGAAAGAGCUUUAAGAAUAAGUAGUCACCAGGGACAUGUGCUUUUGGAAGUUCAUGUGACAUUAGGAUUCAAGAAUUUCAUUUGUGAUCCAGAGAGGGCUGCUGUGGUUGGUUAGCUUUGAGCUGCAAGACAGUGGAGCACGUUAAUAUCCUGAAUAGGGAUGAACCACUGCAGAGAGGGAGCUUUAGGGUACAUGAGCAAGAAGAUAUAGGGUGCAGUGAAGUUCCUAAUGAAAGUGACAGAUCCACUUAAGGAAAGUGGUGGGACUCAGAGCAUGGGUGGAGGGAUGGAGGAGACCAAGAUUGGACACAGGAGCUGUGAGGAUCAAUUCACAAAAUUAUCAAGAACUUGAGGAAUCCACAGGUGAUAGCUUCUAUCAUUUCUACAAAGUCAGAAUCUAAUGUCAUUUGUGAAGAAUUAAGCAGGAGACCCCCUUCCAUUGAAGGAGGCAGAAAGGCCACAGCCAGAAGGAAGAAAUCAAGGCAUCUGAAAAGAGUUAACCAGACCUGGCUUCCAGCAACCCACUGACUCAGGACUUGAACCAGGCCCUGUCAAAGACUUUCUCCCAAUUCUACACUUCCUGGGUUCUGUUGAGUUUUCACCAGGCCUCUUUUUUUUUUUUUUUUAAUACAAAAGAGAGAAGAGACUUUCCAGUAUUAAGGGAGGGGAACUAGAGAAUAAAAUAAAAAAACUCCUCAAUCUUUUUUAAAUGUUGUGUUUAAAAAAAUUUUUUUUGGUCCAUUGUCUCAAAUUUAUCUGAUCUCCUAUUAGCUCAGUUUUGGAUACUGACUGCCGCCGACCCUCCAGGACAGACAGGCUGAGGACAACUUUAUGACCCAGAGCCGAACAAGAUGCACUGUGGGAGAUUACUAUGUAUCCUGAGAAUAAUUGGAACCACACUUUUUGGAGUUUCUCUCCUCUUUGGAAUCACAGCUGCUUAUAUUGUUGGCUACCAAUUUUUCCAAACGGAUAAUUACUAUUUCUCUUUUGGGCUAUACGGUGCAGUUUUAGUAUCACACCUCAUCAUCCAAAGCCUGUUUGCCUUUUUGGAGCACCAGAAAAUGAAAAAAUCUCUAGAAACCCCUGUUAAGUUGAACAAAACUGUUGCUCUUUGCAUUGCCGCGUAUCAAGAAGAUCCAGGCUACUUACGGAAAUGUUUGCAAUCUGUGAAAAGGCUAACCUACCCCAGAAUUAAAGUUGUCAUGGUCAUAGAUGGAAACUCAGAAGAUGACCUUUACAUGAUGGACAUCUUCAGUGAAGUCAUGGGCAGGGACAUGUCAGCCACAUAUAUCUGGAAGAACAACUUCCACAUGAAGGGUCCUGGUGAGAGAAAUGAGUCACAUAAAGAGAGCUCACAACAUGUCACCCAGUUGGUCUUGUCCAGCAAGAAUAUCUGCAUCAUGCAAAAAUGGGGUGGUAAAAGAGAAGUCAUGUACACGGCUUUCAGAGCACUGGGACGGAGUGUGGAUUAUGUACAGGUCUGUGAUUCAGACACCAUACUUGACCCUGCCUCAUCGGUGGAGAUGGUAAAGGUUUUAGAAGAAGAUCCCAUGGUUGGAGGUGUUGGAGGAGAUGUCCAGAUUUUAAACAAGUAUGAUUCCUGGAUCUCUUUCCUCAGCAGUGUGAGAUACUGGAUGGCUUUUAACAUAGAAAGAGCCUGUCAGUCUUAUUUUGGGUGUGUCCAGUGCAUUAGCGGACCCCUAGGAAUGUACCGAAACUCCUUACUGCAGGAAUUUGUGGAAGACUGGUACAAUCAAGAAUUUAUGGGCAGUCAUUGUAGUUUCGGAGAUGACAGGCACCUAACAAACCGAGUGCUGAGUCUGGGCUAUGCAACGAAAUACACAGCUCGAUCCAAGUGCCUUACUGAAACACCUAAGGAAUAUCUCAGAUGGUUAAACCAGCAGACCCGUUGGAGCAAGUCCUACUUCCGAGAGUGGCUGUACAAUGCGAUGUGGUUCCACAAACAUCACCUGUGGAUGACCUAUGAAGCCGUCAUCACUGGGUUCUUCCCUUUCUUUCUCAUUGCCACAGUAAUCCAGCUCUUCUACAGGGGUAAAACUUGGAACAUACUCCUCUUCUUGUUAACUGUCCAGUUAGUGGGUCUCAUAAAAUCAUCUUUUGCCAGCUGCCUUAGAGGAAACACCAUCAUGGUCUUCAUGUCCCUCUACUCCGUGUUAUACAUGUCAAGUUUACUUCCCGCCAAGAUGUUUGCAAUUGCAACGAUUAACAAAGCUGGGUGGGGUACUUCUGGAAGGAAGACCAUUGUUGUUAAUUUCAUAGGACUCAUCCCUGUAACAGUUUGGUUCACAAUCCUCCUGGGUGGUGUGGUUUUCACCAUUUAUAUGGACUCUAAAAAGCCAUUCUCAGAAUCGAAACAGACAGUUGUAAUUGUAGGAACAUUGCUGUAUGUAUGCUAUUGGGUCCUGUUUUUGACACUGUAUGUGGUUGUCAUCAAGAAGUGUGGCAGGUGGAGGAAGGGACCACAGUACAGCGUGGCGCUUGAUGUAUGAUCUUACAUUUGGUGUUUGCAGUUAUAGAUGCAGACACAUGCACACAAUCUUCAUCCCUCCAGGGGACUGCACGGUAUCUUGGCAUCAAAUAUUGCCACCAAAGGAGACAUAUCGCUGCUGCUAGGACUUAAACAAAGACAUUUGUAUGGGUUUAUUUUAAUUCUGCCAAAGUAAAGUGACACGUCAAGAAGGAUGAGUCAGAUUUAACCUGAUAUUUCUAUGAAAAUGGGAAGAAUUCUUUGUUCAUGCACUCUUUCUUUACUUUACAUUUGCCUAACAGUGUUCUGCCCUAUAAGAGAAGGCAAUGGCACCCGACUCCAGUUCUCUUGCCUGGAAAAUUCCUUGGGCAGAGGAGCCUGGUGGGCUGCAGUCCAUUGGGUCGCUAAGAG